GGUACUUUACUUUGUUUGUAUUUCGCGCUCAAAGACUUGUACGUGAACCGGAUGUGUGACCGGAUAUAGGAAAAAGGACAUUCCAGAACGUGCGGUGUAAACACGUCAACAUGCAGAUGUAGCGGCACAACACCGCGGCUACUUACUCAUUUAUUGGACAUAAAUACGCAAACUACAGCUUGCGUUUAACCCAUUGGUGAGGAUAGACCAUAAUGUGGUGUGGAUGAUCCUGGAAGGAUCAUGGUCAGAACAGAGUCCUGACAGGGACAUAUGCCAGACUGAUGUGUGGUGGAGCGAGGUGGCCUGGGUACUGUGGUUGCGACUCACAGCCAGAACCUUGAUAGACAGCCAUGAGUGGUAUUCUUUUCUGGCAAUAUAACAAUUGUUCGUGAUGAGGCUUGAUGGUGCCGUCUUGUGGAGAGAACUGGGUUCUUGUUGACACUCCAUGGUGGAAAUCUGCCCACCAGUGUAGACUAUUUAGGUGACCUCAUAGACAGUGAUGGAAAUCUGCCCAUUCCUUGAGUGAACCAUUUAUUUGUGAUAUAUGUUCUUAUUAAAUGUGUGAAAGUGAGUGUGGAUGUGCAGUUGUUCAUAGUGUAUAUUGUAAUUAAAUGUUGUAAAUAAUGUUAAUACAGUGUGUUGUGUUUCUAUCUCUGCACCAGAUUGGACAAUAUGCUCAUCCCGUUACAAUUUUGGUGGCAGCGGUGGGAUAGUGUGAUUGUUUAAUUCCGUGAAGGGUUUGUAAUGCACACAUUUGUUUACAUUGUUGGUUGUAUAUUUUUCAUAAUUAUUGUAACAAAUAUGUCUGCCUUUAGAGACCUGAUAUCAUUAGGUAAGGAAAUGGGUUUGUCAGGUUUACCGCUCGUUGAGUUUGUACGCGGGGAACAAGACAGAGAACGCGAUGAACGUCAACUUCAACGUGAAUCGACUAAACAAGAGGAAGAUAGACGACGGCACGAGCGUGAACUCCAAUCAGAGAAGGAAAAGAUAGUUCUCCAACGAGAACUCGAGAAGGAGCGUGAAGAAAGGGCCGUAGAGGAACAUCGUAGGAGAAUUGAAAUUCUCACUUUAGAAGGGAAGUUUAACACUAAGUCUGAGGGAGACAGUCAUAUUUCAUCGAUGCGUGGUCCUAAGCUUACUCCGUUUGAUGAAGAUAAGGACAACAUGGACUCUUAUCUACAACGGUAUGAACGGUACGCGACAACGCAACGUUGGGACAAAUCGCUUCAUUGGGCUACUAACCUCAGUGUUCUUCUCAAGGGACGCGCCUUGGACGUGUUUUCGCGUUUACCGAGGGAACAAUCGUUAGACUACGAUAUACUCAAAGCGGCGCUCCUCAAGCGAUUUGAUAUGACUGAGGACGGUUUUAGGAAACGGUUCAGGACAGGUAGGCCAGAGUCUGGAGAGACAUUUACACAGUUUGCAGUAAGACUGGAGAGUUAUUUUGUUAGAUGGCUUGAGAUGGGUCAUACUGAUAAGAGCUUUGAUGCACUUAAAGACUUGAUGGUUAGGGAUCAGUUUCUACAGGCUUGUGGUAACGAACUGACGCUUUUCUUAAAAGAGCGUAUCCCUUCGUCGAUUCAGGAAAUGUCGAGAUUGGCCGACCAAUAUGCCGAGGCCAGAGGUAACCCUACUAACUUAGUUCGUCCUAAGAUUGGGAAAAGUUCAUCGCAAGGAAAUCCAAAGCGCGAUCAUUCGGAUACUGCGAAAGAAACAUCUAGUGCUAACUCAAGGGACAGUGUGAGGCAGUGCUACGUGUGCAAAAGUACUGAACAUCUCGCGAACAAGUGUCCGAAAAAGGGGUCUAAGAAUCGCGUGAUGUCUGUUACGGGUAAACCAACCAAGAAUGUAUCUGUAGGUAGGAAACAGAGGAGGAAGGAGAUCAAGCAGGAGGUUUCUGUUGAUGUGGAGGUAGAUGACGGGGAAAGUCGUUUACAAGAUGGGACUCACAUGAAUGUAUCUUGUAACGUCCCGGCUCCGACACCUUGUAAGAUGCCAGUUGUGGAAGGCGUAGUUGGGAGUCAACGAGUUUCCGUCCUGAGAGACACUGGUUGUUCAGGUGUGGUGGUUAAAAGAAGUCUCGUGACUGAGGAUCAGAUGACUGGCGAGGUUCGUGCAUGCACUCUUGCAGAUGGCAGUUCUUUGAAAGUACCUACUGCCACAGUAGUUGUGGAUACACCAUAUUAUGUUGGACCUGUAGUUGCCUGGUGCAUGGAAACCCCAGUCUACGACCUUAUCCUUGGUAACAUAGACGGUGCUAGAGCCCCAGAUGAACCAGAUUCAAGUUGGAAUCAGAGGAUGGCUGAUAUAGCAGUUGUUGAGACCAGAGCUCAGAGGACACUUAACGAACGACCUUAUCGUACCCUCAAGGUACCAGCGGCUUUGAAGGAGGUUCAACCAUCUGAUAUAGAAACAGCUCAACAGGAAGAUGAUAGUCUUGUCAAGAUUAGAGACAUGGUUUCACGUGAUGAGGUAAAGGAAAGACGUGAUGGUGGAAAAUCGAGAUUCUUCAAGCAUCGCGGUCUGAUAUACAGAGAGUACCAAAGCCCAGCAGUAGCAAACGGGAGAACGUUUAAGCAACUCGUAGUUCCUACAAAGUAUCGCGAGAAUGUACUUCGCUUGGCUCAUGAGUCAAUGAUGUCGGGUCAUCUAGGAGCAAAACGGACUAGCGACCGAAUCAUGAUGGAGUUCUUCUGGCCAGGGGUUAACGCCGACGUAACCAGGUUUUGUCGGUCUUGCGACGUCUGCCAGAGGACGUUCCCGAAAGGACGCGUAUCGAAAGUUCCUCUAGGAACGAUGCCCCUUAUCGACAUACCGUUUCAACGUGUCGCCAUUGACAUCAUAGGACCUCUUCAACCAGCCACUGAUCGCGGUAAUAGAUACAUCUUAACCAUUGUUGAUUAUGCGACGCGAUAUCCAGAGGCUAUAGCUCUGAGGGGAAUAGAGACUGAGCGAGUGGCUGAAGCGUUGGUUGAUGUGUACAGUAGAGUGGGCAUUCCGCGGGAAGUAUUGACCGACCAGGGUAGCCAAUUCACAUCGGAACUUAUGCGUGAAGUGAGUCGUCUUUUAUCCAUUCGACAGUUAACAACAACUCCGUAUCACCCAAUGUGCAACGGCCUUGUAGAACGUUUCAAUGGUACCCUGAAACAGAUGCUCAAAAGAAUGUGUUCAGAAAGACCCAAAGACUGGGAUAAGUACCUCAAUGCUUUACUAUUUUCCUACCGAGAGGUACCGCAAGAAAGUCUUGGAUUUUCGCCUUUUGAACUGUUGUUUGGUAGAACUGUGCGCGGGCCGAUGAUGAUUUUGCGCGAGCUUUGGACCAAGGACGUUCCUGAUACCGAUGUCAAGACUACAUACCAGUAUGUCGUCGAUUUGAAAGAGAGACUUGAGGAAACUUGUAAACUAGCGCAAGAGCAGUUGAAAUCUGCUAAGUCCCGACAGGCCAAGUAUUACAACCGGAAGGCAAAGGAUGUGAUCAUGGAACCAGGACAGAAGGUACUAAUUCUUUUACCUACCAAACGCAACAAAUUACUGAUGCAAUGGAGAGGGCCCUACACCAUUGAGGAGAGAAGGGGAACAAUGGAUUAUAGGGUGAAUGUCGACGGGAAGGUCAAGACCUUACAUGCGAACUUACUUCGUCGUUAUGUGGAACGCGUGAACACGCAAUCGUCAGCCGUGGUAACAGAACCUGGUGUUCUAUCUGUAGUGUGCGCGUCAAUCGUCACAGAUGACACGGGAAGCGACAACGAGGAUGUCUCUGAAAGACAGUUAGAGACGACACCCAGUCCAAUCAGAAAGGAAUCAGUUGAUGAUGUGAAGGUUUCUGAUCAGCUAGAUCAGACACAACGACGUCAGAUAAGAGACAUUCUUAGUAACUACUCUGAUGUACUAACUGAUGUUCCGGGGAAAACAACAUUAGUCGAGCAUGAAAUCAGGCUUACCACUGACGAUCCAGUUAGAGUGAAAGGUCGAGUUCUUCCUUUCCAUAUGAAAGAAACCAUUCGCAGGGAGAUGGAUCAGAUGUUAACUAUGGGGGUAAUCGAACCUUCGGAAUCUCCAUAUGCGGCUCCAGUAGUCAUCGUCAAAAAGAAGGAUGGAUCGAAUCGCUUCUGCAUCGAUUAUCGUCAAAUCAACAGAGUCACCGUAUUCGAUGCUGAACCUAUGCCUAAUGCCGAUGACAUCUUUUCACGAUUGGCUGGUCAUAGGUAUUUUUCGCGUUUGGAUCUGAGCAAGGGGUAUUGGCAGGUGCCAAUGGCGAAGACAUCCAAGCCAAAGACAGCCUUCACUACACCAGUUGGAUUGUUCCAAUUCACUGUGAUGCCUUUCGGCUUGGUAAAUGCCCCUGCAACUUUCUGUCGCCUGAUGAGAAAGCUUCUCUAUGGAAUGUCAAAUAUAGAGAGUUUCAUUGACGAUAUCCUCAUAUAUACACAAACUUGGGAGCACCACGAGCAAAUUCUUCGCGAACUGUUCGACCGUCUACGGAAAUCUGGCAUCACUGCAAAGCCGUCAAAUUCAUCGCAAACGUUGCUGCUAUCUCGGUUCCGUUAA